AUGGAUAGAUCAUGGUUGAGGGCUGAUAGGAGAACACGGGAGUUUCAAUUGGGUGUGAAUGAAUUGUUGAAUUUUGCAGUACAAAAUGGGUGUGAUGCAAACAAAAUUAGUUGUCCUUGUAUAAAAUGUGCACACAGUAAAUCAUGGAACGCUCAAAUGGUGAAAGAUCAUCUUUUUCAGAAUGGUAUUGAUGAGACCUACACAUGUUGGAUUUGGCAUGGAGAGAAUGAUACAGACCAAAGUCCAAUGGCCACUGAACAUACUGAUAGUUCACAAUCUGUGGAACAAAUCCCCAUCAAAACAGAUGGAGACGAUGAUCUUUCCCUGGAUUCCUCAGAUUUGUUAAGGCAUCUACAAUCUGAAAAUGAACCUCUGUAUUCAGGAUGUGAAGGGUUUACCAAGAUGACAGCUUUAGUGAAGUUAUAUAACUUGAAAGCAAAAUUCGAGAUGUCCGAUAAUUGUUUCUCUGAACUCCUACUUCUGGUUGGCACUAUGCUUCCAGAAGGUAACUCUCUUCCUUCUUCCUUUGGUGAAGCUAAGAAGGCCUUGUGUUCUUUAGGAAUGGAGUACGAAAAAAUACAUGUGUGUCCGAAUGACUGCCUUUUAUAUCGUGGUGAUAUAGAUGAAGAUGAGUCUAGUUGCCGCAUUUGUCAUGCCUCAAGAUGGAAGAAGAACAAAAAAGGAGAGGACAUUGAAGGCAUUCCAGCCAAGGUUCUUUGGUAUUUUCCGUUAUUGCCACGAUUGAGAAAUUUGUUUAAUUCACCUCAAACGGCAAAGGACCUAACCUGGCACCACACAGAGAGAGUGAAGGAUAAUAAAAUACGUCAUCCUGCAGAUUCAAAAACAUGGAAGGACGUCGAUGAGAAGUGGCCUGAAUUUGCUUCUGAACCUAGAAACCUUCGGUUGGCUUUAUCAUCUGAUGGUUUUAAUCCUUUCCACGGCAAAGGUACCGAUCACUCUUGUUGGCCUGUUUUGCUAUCAAUUUACAAUCUUCCACCGUGGAUUUGUAUGAAAAGAAAGUAUAUAAUGCUAUGUCUACUGAUAUCCGGACCAAAUCAGCCCGGAAAUGACAUUGAUGUAUUUCUUCAACCACUAAUAGAAGAUCUGCAGAAAUUAUGGCAUGGAAAGCAAGUGUAUGAUGCAUACAAGCAGGAGUCUUUCCUACUCAGGGGCAUAUUAUUGUGGACAAUCAGCGACUAUCCAGCAUUUGGUAGCUUAUCGGGCAACAUUGUCAAAGGCUAUAACGGUUGUGUGGUAUGUGUUGAUGAGACAAAAGCUACAAGGCUUCCUAAUUACAAGAAGACAGUGGUUAUGAGGCAUCGAAGGUGGUUACCACGUGACCACCCAUAUCGAAAACAGAAAGCAGCGUUUGAUAACACGGUUGAAAAAGGUUCUGCACCUAUUCCUUUAACAGGGGAGGAAGUUUUUGAAAGAGUACAACAUUUGCGAGGCCAUGUCUAUGGUAAGACACAACGAAAACGAAAGCGAAAUAAAAAUGAUCCUCGUCCUGUUUGGAAGAAGCAUUCUAUUUUUUUCCAACUCGAGUACUGGAAGUUCUUGCCGGUGAGGCAUAUUCUCGAUGUCAUGCAUAUCGAGAAAAACGUAUGUGAAGCUUUAUUAGGUACUUUGCUCAAUAUACCAAAAAAGACAAAAGAUAAGGAAUCUGUUCGUCUUGACAUGGCUGCAAUGGGAAUAAGAUUGAAUCUCAGGCCAGAAACGGCAGGGAAAAAGGAGAAAUUGCCUUUGGCAUCUUGGAAUUUGACCCAUCAGGAAAAGAAAAUUGUUUGCUCAUCAUUUUUAGGAACGAAGUUGCCUGAUGGAUUUUGUUCUAAUAUUAGAAGUCUAGUAUCAAUGGAAACUCUCCGACUCACCAAAAUGAAAUCUCAUGACUGCCAUAUGAUUUUACAUCACUUACUCCCAAUUGCGAUUCGGUCAUCACUGCAUAAGAAGGUCAGGGACACUGUUAUUAGAUUUUGUCUCUUCUUUAAGGCUAUUUGUAGUAAAGUCAUUGAAGUUGAUAAAUUGGAGAAAAUGCAGUCUCAAUUGGUUAUAACAAUAUGCCAACUUGAAAAAUAUUUCCCCCCUUCCUUGUUUGACAUAAUGAUUCACCUUUCAAUUCAUCUUGUGCGAGAGGUUGAGCUGUGCGGACCAAUUUUCCUUAGGUGGAUGUAUCCAUUCGAAAGAUACAUGAAAACAUUCAAAGGAUAUGUAAGAAACAGGGCUCGGCCAGAGGGUUGUAUUGCAGAGGCAUAUAUUGCAGAGGAGGCAGUUGAGUGUUUAGUUAAUUUUGAAGAAGCAACUGUCGGAGUUCCAGAAAAUGGAAGGCGUACAAAGGAUUUAAUUUGCAGACCACUAUCUGGUGCCACAAUGAUCACCCCGAGCAUCAAAGAUUUAAACCUUGCACAUUUGUGCGUCCUACAAAAUAGCACGGAUGUUGUGCCAUAUUUUGAUGAACACAUGUCAUUCUUGAUGGACGAAUUCCCAGAACAUGGAAAUGAUGAUAUGUGGUUAAAGAACAAGCAAAAUGAAACUUUUCCGAAAUGGUUUAAAGAAAAGAUUGCAUCAGAUUUACUAGAUGGGAAGGAGAUACCACACGAGAUAAGAUGGAUUGCAGAUGGGCCUAACAGCGAUGUGCCUACAUUCAGUGGUUAUAAGGUACAUGGGGUUCCAUUUAGCACCAAGUCUCGGGAUGAUGCACGUCAAGUUCAAUGUAGUGGAGUGUGUGUAGAUGCUGAAACAAUGGUUGUGCAAGCUACUGACAGAAAUAUUAAUCAUACGUCACAUACAUACAAUGGAGUUAUAAAUAAUAUAUGGGAGUUGGACUAUAACAGCUUUAGGAUCCCUCUUUUUUUAUGCAAAUGGGUUGAUAUGAAUAGAGGGAUCAAGACUGAUGAACUAGGAUAUGUAUUAGUCAAUUUGAACAAGUCUGGUUUUUUGAAUGAUCCAUUUGUAUUAGCAACACAUGUUAAGCAGGUUUGUUAUAUUGAUGACCCCCUCGAGAAAUCAUGGUCAGUGGUAUUGAAGUUUCCCGAGAGAAAACACUACGAUGAUAUUGAAGAUGAAAAUGAAGGAUCCGUUGAAGUUGAGCUUGAGUCUGAGUUUUUUAUGCCCGAUUUACCAGAUGAUGAUUUGCACGAGGAUGCUAGUUACAUGCGUGAUGUAGAUGAACGAAUUCAACUAGAAUGA